AAACACUUGAUUUUGCAACCAAUCACAUUCGCCAAUCUUGCUGGCCGUGGCGGUAAUCUGCGCUUCGGUCACGUUUGCCAGAUCCGACCUCUCCUCCUAUGCGUACCUACCGUACUCCGUACCUUUCUCCCUACCUUGCCUUACUCUCGACCGUGCCGAGGAACCCAAUUGUCACAUUUCCUUCGGCCUCACCAUUGACCAGCCCCUGGUCUCCAUCUGCACCUACUGCACAACCUACGUCGCUCAUCCUACCCCAGGCCCUCCAUCACGUCGUGGGUCGCACCAUUACCCCACAAUUUCUUAUUUCAUUCCCGUCCCCUUCGUCUCUUAACACGCAAGGUACGCGAUACUUUUCGCUAUUGAGCACAGCUCCAGCCCUGCCCUAGGCGCUGCGGGUUGGUGGUUGACUCUGGAGUAACAGCCAUCACGAGCCUUGAGAAGAGCAAGUUGAUCAAUACUACCCCUGCUGUCGUUACGCCCCUCCCGAUCAUCGCACUUUCGCCGGUCCUUCACCUUGUCUGCUUAGA